AUAAGCCGUGCGUUUUAGAACGACCGUGUAAAAUAACGCUGUCCGCAUUGGACUCUUGUCAAACAUUCGAUCUAUUUGGUUAAUUCGUUGAGGCAACAAAACAAAAGCCAUGGCAGCCCCUAUGCCCAUAAAUCCGAAACCUUUUCUCAACAGCCUUACCGGUAAACCUAUCAUGGUUAAACUGAAGUGGGGCCAUGAAUACAAAGGUUAUUUGGUUUCAGUUGAUGGAUACAUGAACCUUCAGUUGGCAAACACAGAAGAAUAUAUAGAUGGGAGCUGCACUGGUAAUUUGGGGGAAGUUCUUGUCAGAUGUAACAAUGUGCUUUACAUCCGAGGUGUGGAAGAAGACGAUGAAGAAGGAGAGAUGAGAGAUUGAUUGCUGUUUUGUAUUGAACUUCACAUUCUUUAAUACAUAAUGUCAUUUCGUAA